AUGAGCAACCUUCUUUACAAAUUGUCAUCGGAUUUAAAUCCGCUUAAUCUACGAUAUCUAUUCUACCUGGUAACACCAAAUGAAACAAUUUAUCCAACUGUAGAAGAAAUCCCGAAUUUUCUGGAACCGGCUACGACAUGGAUGCUGCUGUUAGUCGUACUGGAGUAUUUGUUACUGGAUGAGAAGAAAUAUGCAUUCAAUGAUACGGUCACGUCAAUUAAUGCCGGAAUUUUGUCGCUUCUCAUGAAGGUCGGAGGACGUUAUCUGUCAGCAUCAUUCUAUCCUAUGGUAUACGAUCGACUACAUAUCAUAGAUUUGCCAAAGGACUCAGCUGCUACAUGGAUCCUCUGCUUUUUCACUCAGGAUCUUGCCUACUAUCUCGGUCACAGAGCCAUUCAUGAAGCUGGCGUGUUCUGGUCCUUUCAUCAAAUGCAUCAUUCCUCUGAGUACUACAAUCUCAGCACUGCACUACGUCAAGGAGCUAUUCAGGAUGUUGCUAUGCUGUUUUUCGACUUACUGCAAGCUGUAGCCAUUCCAACCAACAUAUUCGUAGUUCAUCGCUAUCUGAAUCUUAUCUAUCAAUUUUGGCUUCACUCAAACGCUGUGCCUUACCUUGGCCCACUUGAGUAUUUCUUCAACACUCCAUCUAGCCAUCGAGUACAUCAUGGCCGAAAUGCGUACUGUAUUGACAGGAACUAUGGCGGAACUUUGAUUAUAUGGGACAGGCUCUUCGGCACCUAUGAACCAGAACGAAAGGAUGAAGAGAUCGCAUACGGUUUAGUCUCGCCGGUGGCGUCAUUCAACCAGCUAUGGUGUCAGUUGAAAAUCGCUAUUUUAAGGCUCUUCGGCACCUAUGAACCAGAACGAAAGGACGAAGAGAUCGCAUACGGUUUAGUCUCGCCGGUGGCGUCAUUCAACCAGCUAUGGUGUCAGUUCUUUGAGUUCAAAGCCAUUGGAUAUGACAAGGGUCAGAUGAGAAACGAAAAGAACGAGGAGAUAUUCCCGGGUUGGUGGAAUAAGGUUAAAGCAGCUCUUUGGCCACCGGGAUAUUUUCCAGGAGUCCGAACGAAACCAUUCUUUUUAUGGUUAUGUAUGGAGGACAACACUGAGGGAAUACCCGAGAUCGAGAAGCCCAUUGUUCCAUACAAUCCUCCACUGACCGCUGCCCUUCGCUGUUAUCUACUGGUACAAUGGAUAUUUCUCAUCUCUUGUGCAAUCCAAUUUGACAAACACCGUUUAUGCCUGAGCUGGUCCGAGUUUCUUUGUCAACUCGGCCUACUAAUAGCCUUUAUACAAAUGUUUGGAUACUAUUUUGAUCACAGUCGUUUCGCACUGGUCUUCGAUUCAACUCGUCUGGUACUUGCAACAUUGGUGGGACUGCUCUUGAAUUACUCGGUACUGACCGUUUAUGGUGUAGCAUCGCUGAUGGCCGUCACAUGGCUCGCAUCAGCCGGUAAAAUAUCCGGAAUUGGAAAGAAAAUUGAUAAGAGUUAA